AUGAAUAACAACAACCCAUUCUACCCGAACACUUCCCGCCCGUACGCAUCAACAUCUUCAGCCAAUGCGGAUGCUAAUCCAUACUAUCAACCCUACGCUGGUCCUCAGUAUCCGACGCCCGGUGCUGCUGGAUCAUCCUCUACCCAUCAUGCCCCUGUUCCCGCGAAUGCUUACGAAUACGAUGUCGGAAUUCUUGCACAGCAGUCUGUCUAUGUCCCCGGUGCUAUGAUCGACAAGCGUGGUGGUGCUGGUGGCAAGGUUGCGAAAGGUGGUAAACGGACAACCGUUCUGCGCAAAGGAGCAGGCAAGGUCUGGGAGGAUCAAACUCUUCUUGAAUGGGACUCUAGCUGGUUCAGACUUUUCGUUGGUGACCUGAGCAAUGAUGUGUCUGACGAUGUCCUUGCCAAUGCUUUCAACAAAUACCCGUCUUUUACAAAGGCUCGUGUCAUUCGUGAUCAGCUGAGUCAGAAGGCUAAGUAUGGUUUCGUUGCUUUCUCUGACCCAGAAGAUUUCUUGAAAGCCUGGAAGGAAAUGGAUGGCAAGUACGUGGGUAAUAGACCUGUUAAGCUUAAGAAAGCAGAUAACAACAUUCGCCCUGUCGAGAUUGGCCAUCGGAAGGCUAGACAGCUUGAGAAGGAGUUAAAGAAGAACAGGAAGAGCAAGCCUUACUAG